AGUAAUGUUUUGUCCAGUGGCAUAAGCCCUAAAAUGGCCUUCACUGUAUGCUGUGAACAAGGCACUUAUCCACCAGUCAUAUUUCCAAAAGGCUCACUUCAAAGGGCUCAAGUCUUUAGGAGCACGAUGAAAAUGGACAGAAAUUAUGGAGUUAUAAAGAAAGUACGUUUGCAAGUAGAAGAUGCUGAAGAUGGGCAAGUCUGGCAUUGCCAUGAGGUAAAACUUCAGCAUAAGAAAAACAAAGAAAGCAUAGAAUUCCCUUUUCUGCAACUCUUCACCAAUGUCGAAGGAUGCACAGUGGCUGAACUUCCAGUUCUCACAACCAGCUGUGCUUUCUUAUCAGUGAAAGAAUAUAUUCUUACCAUUACUACGGGCAAAAAUUCAGCUUCAAGUACCAACAUAGAUGUAUAUGUCACUUUGUGGGGUUCCUUAGGAGACACAGGAAGAAGGAAACUAACCAGGAAAGGAGAGAAACUUUUCAGCAAAGGAAAGGUGGAUAUAUUUAGAAUUGAAGCAGUAAAUAUUGGUCUUUUGCAAGCCUUGAAUGUGGAAAAAGGGAAAGGUCCUGACUGGCAACUGGAGAAAAUUACUGUGAGAGAGGCCUCAGUAGAAGGAAAAGAAAUAGUGUUUCUAGCCCAUAAAUGGCUCAAAAGUGGAACAAACCCAUCAGUUACAUUGAAUAUUACAGGUGACUUAAAACUAAUUUCUUACAGAAAAUAAUUCUUGUUUUAAAAAAAUUUUAAUUUGAUUUUUGAAUAACUUUUAUUAUCAAAAUAUAUGCAAAGAUAGUUUUCAACAUUCACGCUUGCAAAACCUUGUUUUCCAAAUUUCCCCCCUCCUUUCCUGAGCCCCUUCCCCAUGCAGCAAGUAAUCCAAUAUAUGCUAAAACAGUACAAUUCUUCUCUCUAUAUAUUUCUACAUUUAUUGUGCUGUCUAAGAAAUCAGAUCAAAAGGGGAAAAAAUGAGAAAAAAAAAAAACCCAGAAAACUAGCAAACAACAAUAAGAAAAGGUGAAAAUACUAUGCUGUGAUCCACAGAAAAUAAUACUUGUGACUGAAUACUAAUGAUUUUAUUGAAUUUGUCUUAAAAAGGGCAGUGAUAUAGGUAAAUAUUUUUGUUGUAUGUUAAAGAACAUCUGAACAGUUUCCAUUUUAAGGAAAGUGGCAGUGCAUUUAGUUUAGACUCAGCACAAUGAAUGUGAGUGGAGUCAGCAAAGUUGUUUUUAUUUCUAGUCCUGGAAUUUAUUUACUAGAUGAGUAUGAAAUUAAAUAACCCCCCAAACAAUACUUAAAGUCUUUCUGUCUUAACUUUCUUAUCUGAGGAAUAGAAAAUCUUUAUAAGAUCUGCCUUUAUUCCAACCUCAAGAGAUGGAUUAGGGGGCUUAAAUGGAUGAUAUAUGGAAAGAAUUUUGAAUCUUUCAAGGACACUUAACAUUUGA